AUCGACAAAAUUAAUCGACAAUCCCAGCAUCACCACCGCGCCCCGUCUUAAGGUAGCCGUCCACAGUGUAGCCGAGGCCGGCGCCCGCGCACGAUCCAAAAAUACCACCCGGCCAUCCCGACCCGCGGCGCGCCCUGAGCGCAACCGUUUUAAAAACAAAACAAUUCCACCAACCAACUGUUUUUAUUCCAAAUUCGAACAUCACGCUCGUCUUUUGUUGAUUUAAAAUUUUAUACUAGUUCUUUUUUUGAACUUCAAAGUGUUGUGCUAGUGGUCUCAUGAGGGGCAUGUCUCCGACUGCCUUGGGGGCCGAUUUGCCCCAGUGGUGCGGUAAGGCUGAUAACUGCCCUCAAGCCCUCCUCGGAUGGCUGUAUUUGACACACGACCAGAAUGAUCAGUGGCUCCCGGGUUCAGUAUGGGGCCCUCUACCCACUGCGGCGACGUCCACCCAGGCACCUUCAGACGACACCAGUUCCUUGGCAGAGCAGCUAGCAGCACUGUCGCUAAGGCGUCCGCCGCGCCCGCCACCGCCUGCUUAUAUGUGUCACCUGUGCUUUAACAAGGGCCAUUACAUCGGCGACUGUCCUCAGGCCCGUCCCAAAGGCGAGGGUCUGACGCCGUACCAGGGCAAGAAGCGGUGCUUCGGCGAGUACAAGUGCCCCAAGUGUAAGCGCAAGUGGAUGUCUGGGAACUCCUGGGCCAACAAUGGACAGGAGUGCAUCAAGUGUCGCAUCAACGUGUUUCCUCAUAAGCAGAGACCACUUGAGAAGCCAGACGGUCUGGACGUGAGUGACCAGUCCAAGAUCCACCCCCAACAUCUUUGCCAGAAAUGUCGUGCACUCGGUUACUAUUGCCGCCGCGAAUAUUAAUUCAAAGAUCCACCA